GUCUGAAAAUCGUUGCACAGCCCCUUUAAAGUCCUAUAAAGCGAAUUAUGCAUCGAAUAACUUAUGAACGUUCCCCGUUGGCACGUUCGCUUUCCGCGUGACGUAGCAGCCACUGCGCCGAUACCAUGCGCAGAGCAAAAGCCGCCGGGCAACCUUUGCCAAUUUUUCGCAGCAUAUUCGUCCCAUGGAGUUCAGCCUUAUCAUAAAAAGAAGUAUAAACUAUGUGAGUUCAUAGAGUGGAGCUACUUUUCAAAUGGGAAUGUGUCGGCGACAUGAGAUCAUUAUGGCGCAUGCAUUUCCGUAGCAGUCGACACGUGGAAACAGUCUCUCACAGAUGGCUGCCUGCGGGUCGCGUCCCAGGGAGAUGCGUUCCGCAUGUUUGAGACCCCUGCGCUAAUGUUUAAAGCUAUAAAGUAUACAAGACUUCUCUGCUAGGAUUGUGCUGAAUUCCAAGCUGUGCUUGUUUUUCGAGUGGUAUCUUCUUGCGUUAACUUCCCUGUGGUGCUGUGGCAUUUUUAAAAGCAUCCCUACAGGGAACAGAUUCAUCGGUAGCCGCAGCCGUGCCCUACACCAAUUACUGCAAUUUGAGAUUUUAUAGCUCCUCAAGGAAACAAGACAGGCGGUCACCCAUUGCUGCUUGUGGCCAAAAUGAUGCGAGCUGCACUGAACCGGUCGGAGAGAGAUUAAAGCUCAGAGAAGCUCUGCUGCAAUGAGGGUUUGGCCAUCUGUUUUUGCGUCACCUUAAAGCAUGAUCACUUUUGUGUUGUAAGUGCUUGUGUACUUUGACUUUCCUUGUUUUCUGGCCUUUGAUUGAAUCUGUGACUUUGAAACGCAACGAAGCAGAAACACGUGCGUGCAACUUUGUGUUAAAAGGUGGCAUAUGUUAGCCAAGUUGGUAAUGUCUGCUUGCUGGUGUCAGAGCCUAGAGAAACCAUUUCAGCAUCGGCAAGUUAAGAACUCUCCUCAUGUUGUUUCACACGUGUUCCCAACAGUGAAGGCUGAGACAUGCUGCUGGGACGAUCGAGGCAGCCUUGACCUUCAGGGCAGCAUUGGCGAGGCCUCUUCCUUGCAAGUGCCGGCCGAGGUAGGCUGCUUCAACAACGGGGACAGCAAGAGCGACUUCCCUUCCCUGAGAGGCACACUGGACAUGCUGCAACCCACGACACAGUCGCGACAGAAGGAUGCACACCAUUGUCGGUUUUGCCCUUACUACAGUCGUUACACAAAAUUUGUCACCAUGCACGAAAGGACUCACACAGGUGAAAAGCCGUUCCCUUGCAAGAUUUGUCAUAAGGCAUUUGCUAAAAAAAGUUACUUAAAGCAGCACAUGAGGACUCACACGGGUGAAAAGCCGUUCCGUUGCGAGGUUUGUCCGAAGGCAUUUGCACUCGUUAAUAACUUGGUGGUUCACAGAAGGGUUCAUACGGGGGAAAAACCUUACCAGUGUAGCACAUGUGGGAAGCCAUGCAGAGAGAUCCACGUGGUUGUCUCACGAGAGAAUCCACAAUGGCGAGCGGCCUUUCUCGUGUGAAACCUGCAAGAAAGCAUUUGUAAAGAGAAGCUAUUUGAUUAGACAUUGGAAGAGUCUGCAUGAGCGAGGGAUCUGCGACAUAGAUUAGC